CUUUCUCUCUCCUUCUCUUAUUCAAAUUUCUUCUCUCUUAUUUCUCUCUCUAAAAUUAUCUCUGAUUCUGUUUUGCUGCAAAUCUGAUUCGAUUUAAUUUUUCUUUUAAAUUUUUUUUAAAUUUUUUAACAGACAGUUUUGUAUUUUUACUGUGGUUAAAGGGGGUUAUUUUAUUUUAUUUACUGUCGUCUUCUAUUUAUUUAAUUGUUUUUAAUUAGAUUUGGGGUUGCUUUGUAUCUGACGUGGCAUGCAUCGUUACGUCAAAAAUGAAUACCAAAACGAUGCGUUUACCUCCUCGUCGUUUUCUAACGUCAAAUAAUAAUAAGCGUAAAGAUAGAGAGGGUUUUGAUACUCUAAAGCCGACUCCACCUACACCCGUUUUAACAAAAUUACCUAAGCCGGUUAUAUCUCAUCAAGUCAUCGACUCGGCUGAGUCGCCGGUUUUUUCUCCUGGUUCUUCUAAUCAUCUCUUAGCCGGUUAUUUAGCUCACGAGUUUCUUACUAAAGGCACACUCUUCAGUCAGCCGUGGGAUCCGGCUCGAGCCGAAUCAACAACAAGCAGCGGCUUGGAGGCUAAUAAUAAUAAUUCUAAGAAGUUGAAGCCGAGCCAGAAGGGGAGAGAAGCCGAGCCGAGUAAAGAAAAGGCUAAUUAUCAAAGAUACGUGGAAGUGUCCCAUUUGUUGAAAGGAGAAAGUGGGGGCCACUUACCUGGCGUUUUCAAUCCGAGCCAGCUCGCUCGUUUGUUACAGAUGUAAAAUGUGUUGUGGAAGGUAGUUUUUUUUGACGUGGAAUGAGAUUAUUGGUCUGUUAUUUUUCUCCACGACAACCAUUUUGAGACCAUUUCAUUUUUUUAUUUUUAUUUUGGGAAUGAGUAGAGUUUACUAGUUUAGGGUUGUAUUUUUUUUUUUGUUGGAAGAUGGUUGUAUAUAAAUGUGAUCUUUGGUGCAUAAAUAAAAAAAUUAAUUUGAUGAA